AUUUGAUCAUUUUGUAUUAGCUGCAGAGAUGCAGUUGCCCUGUAGCGAUUAACGAAGCUUGGUUGAUACUUGGCGUAUCUUUAUACAACAUGGAGUCAUCCCUGGCCAUCAAUGAAGACAAUGACAAGCAGUCGUCUAUCGCUAUCAAUGAGAAGAAGAGUGAACCUGAAAACGGAUACGAUCUGUACGAGGAGACUGAGGAUGAUUCUAGUAAAGAGAAGCCAGGCUUUUUCUACAAUGGGCGUGCAUGCUGGGGUGGGUUACCCAAGUGGUUGUUCAUAAUGUUGAUAAUUGUGGCAGUUAUCGGUAUAAUACUUGCAAUAGCCAUACCCGUUGGUUUGUAUGUGGUGGGGCCAGAGGUGACGCAGUCUGGUGUGGAGGACAGCACCAUGACGGCCCAGAAUGUACGCAUCACUGGGUGGGGCUCAGAGCUAGACUCCUUGGAGAGUGAGAUGAGAGCUGAUUAUGGUGCUAUGUUCGGAGCUCUUUGCAAUGAGACGUCCUGGGCCACUGACACGGAUACAUGGAUGAACAAGACUUUGAGCGAUAUGUUCAAGUGUAAUAGCAUGCUGGGACUGGUCCCCACUUUGAUGCCCAUGGCUAUUCUCGAGGUGCCUAUAUCGGAACUCACUAACAAGUGGUUUGGAAUUUCAGAAUGCUCGCGAUUUGCACCCAAACACCUGACUAUCACGCAGGACGUGUACAUCGCUGGACUACCUAGCGUUACGAAUGGCCAGAUAUUGCCUACAACCUUAGACAUUGCAUACGAUGGAAAAGUGUUUGGACGUCUGGCCCUACCGGUUAUGAACCUAGAAACGAAGCUGGAGGAUGGCACGCGUGUGGUGAAAGAUGUUGAGUGUGGACUGCAAGUCACAGAUAGACAUGUGUUUCUGGCGGCUAAUAUGAAUCUGUUCCCGUUGGUCCCGCUUGUCAGUGGUCAGACCACGUGGACGCAACAGGGGGUGCUGGUGACCGAGAUGGAUAUGCUCGGCACUACAGUGGUGUACAAAGCGCUGGUAGACAAUCCCACUAUCAUCAAAGAUGUCUCCUACCACGCCGGACCCUUCGCAACGAAACAUCAUGAUCUGUGGGACAUCAGCAUUGAUGAUCCGCAUGAGAUGAUCAUGUGCGUAGUCGGUGGUAUGCUGCCUGGGCUGGUUAGUAGUAUUGCUGCCCCUGUGCCUUCAGGUGCCGAGCCGACUGAGGCUUCCAGUGCCGGUGGUCUUGGCGCAGCAAGAAAACGUAGAGAUGGAGGAGACGGCCCACAAUACUGGAUACCCAACUACUACCAAGACGCUCGAAAGGAUGCAGGUACAGGUCACAGUAAGGGAGCUGCAAGCUCGCGAAGUGAUCUUCCGACGAAUGUGACUUGUCCGGGCGAUGAGAAUCCGCAGGGUAUUCUUUCUAAUCUGAUGAAGAUGUUUGGAAUGGUUGACGAUCAGGAAACACACGUGAAUCCUGCAGCUGAAUUCACACCCACACCCACGCCCAUACCGGCGUUGGAUUAUUUUGUGCAGUGCAAUAUGACUAAGGCCGGCGACUGUGGGUUCGAUACGAUGGAGGCAAAUCCUGAUGGAAAGCUAGGAUAUUUCGUAUACCCGAAUGCGGUGUACGGGAAGCACACACGAUGUGGAAAGAAGCUUAAGGAUGGCAUUGAGGCGCCCUACGGAUUCACGGUGCAACCUGGGACUAUUAACAGGCAAAAAGUGUUAUACUAUUUCCAAGGUGGCGGUGCGUGCUGGGAAAGUGUAUUGCAGGAUUUGCCUGUCGUGGGCUCGUUACUGGGUACCCAGGCUCUAAAUGUUUUUCUUUGUUCAAUUGAAGCAAACCCUCAUAAUGGCGGUGUUUUCAGUGACCACAACACGAACGAGCUUAAUCCGUACUACGGAUGGACCAUCAUUCAGAUAUCAUACUGUACCGGUGACGUACAUGGAGGCGAUGCGCACGACGAUGACGUAAAAGUGGCAAUCAUGGACCUCAACACGCAUUUCUUCAGAUCGGGGUACAACAACACCAUGUCCACGAAUGCAUGGAUUGACGAGAAUAUCGAGUCCACGGCUCUUGCGCCCGAGAAGUUCGGUCUGGGCGGUUGCAGUGCUGGUGCUCUUGGCACACAAAUCUGGGAACCGUACCUGACAAAGAAAUACGGCUUGAGCAGUGCCAACAGUCACAUCUUCGUCGAGAGUUACCUGGGAAUCUUCCCCGAGCAAGAGGCGGACGCUGUACAGAGCAAAUUCGAAUUCAAAGUUAGCAUGGUGCAGGAGGCUGACACGGGUAAUGUGAAGUGCUACAAUCAUACGACCAAGGCCAACGUGACAUCCAACCCCACCACAUACGUGGGUGAAGUAAUCCAGGAUGACUGGGGCAUGUGUGAGUUGGAGAUUAUGGACUUUGAGGAUGGUGAUGGUUUCAAACAGGCCUGCGAUGAUAAGACCAUAGGCGUCGAGGACUGGCUACUCUCCAAUGUAAAGAAAACCAAACUGAGACGUGCAUAUGUCAACUCAAAGGCCGAUUUAGUCCAGCGUAUGUUUGCCGCUGUGAUCUACGCACUGGGAGGUGCUGGUACGAAAGGCGCCAAAACCGAGCCGCACGGUUCAUAUGUUUCCUCAAUGCAAGACCUGAAUAUGCCUUUUGGCGGCCACAGACUGGAACAGGUGAACGGCACUGAUUUUUGUACCUCCGUGAGUAUGGCUGAUGGUAUGUGCUCCGAGAUGGCAUCUUGCUUCGACCUUAACGUUACCGAGUCUACCGCAAAGGAGACUCCAGUGUACUGGGAAGACUUUGCGCUCAACGGGUACUCCACUUUCCUGGGCAAGGAAGUGCCCAUGAUUCUGAUUGGAAUGCUGCAGAAAAUUGGACCACUUGGUUCGUUUGAGCCCAUUGUCCGCGAUAUCGGUGUCGAUCUGCUCAACGGAUUGUCGUACUGGAUGAUGGGUGACGGGUUCACCGGAGAAGGUAACUACUGGAACCGUGCUAGUAAGGUUCUGACAGAUUAUCGUUCGGCGCUUGGUAAGGAUGCCUCUUGGUUCGUAACCUCCGAUCAGCAGCAUUGCUACCUGCCUUACCCACAAUUCUACGAAUGGAACGUGGAAGGCAAAUACUUGCACGAGUACCUCAAAGAGUUUGUUAGCAGUGAUAGUGCUCCUGAGCCAGUGUGUGCGAAUGAGGGAUGUUCGCUUCCAUGUCCAAUCGAUCCAUUGGCGUAAGGUGAUAGGUUCUUGGUAAUCAAAAUAUAUAAUAGUAGGUAAAGCGACCUUAUAAGCGUAUCAAAGCGUGUAUGAGUCGAAAUUUUGAGCACGUAGCUCAAAUCCGUAGCGCACCAACAUUCAAUACAUAAUCGUGUGUGUCAGGUCGUCUGCAUCUUCUCGGGAUGUAGGAUGGCCACAAUAGAAAUUAAAUAGUAUAUGAGCAUUUUACAUGCAUAGUGUAUUAAGCCGUUUGUAUCUCCUCCGGAAGUAGCACGGCCACGUACCAAUAAACCGA